CUGGAAAGGUGAAUCAUGAGCCAUGUAUCAACAAAGGAAAGCCAAGAAAUAGAAGUCCAGCUCAAAAAAGACAAGGAGCUUUAUUUAAAAACCAAAAAGGAGCCACAUCUUCUGCUGCUGGGCAGUGGUGACAGCGGCAAGACCACCUUUCUUCGACAAAUCAAGAUUCUACACGGAGGAGGCUUUUCAAAAGAAGAAAAGCGAGAUUACUUGGAACGUAUUGCCACCAACAUAUUCGAUUCUAUUGCAGAGCUCUUGCGUGGUGCGUCUGAAAACAAUGGCACAUUCUCCGCUGUCACGAUGGAAUCCAUCGACAAGAUACACAGUCAAUUGAGUUAUUCUAGAAGCACUGGAAAUCUUUCUAUAGUCUUUCGACCAUUUACAUUAGAAUUGGCCAAUCAUAUCAAUAUCAUUUGGAAUGAUGAGUAUACUCAAAAGCUAUUCGCUAACAGGGCAAAAUUCAAGCUUCAGAUUCAAGACACAGCUGACUACUUUUUGUCCAGGAUCAUGACAAUUGCGGGAGAAAACUAUACUCCGACAGAAGAAGAUAUUAUUCGGAUUCGUUCACAAACUACGCGGAUUACUGAAACCAUUGUCACUGUUGGAAAAAACACCUAUCAUUUUUAUGAUGUGGGCGGACAGAUAAAAUAUCGCAAGCAAUGGACACCCUAUUUUGACACUGUUCAUAGUAUUGUGUUUGUGGUAUCACUGGCAUCAUUUGAUCAGUUUCUUGCAGAAGAUCCAACCAUCAAUAGAAUGCACGACGCACUAGAUCUGUUUGGUCAAAUUAGCGACCAUCCUCUUCUCAGACAUAUUCCCAUAACGUUGUUUUUAAACAAAAAGGAUUUGUUUGCUCAAAAGUUUCCAACAGCAAAUAUUCAACAAUACUUUCCAGAUUACCAAGCCAAAGACAUAAGGAAAGCAAUGAGAUACUUUGAAAACAAGUUUCACAAUCAAAACAAAGUUCCAGGAAAGGAAAUCACAUGCCAUUUUACGUGUUGUACAGACACGUCGGCUAUGGGACUGAUUAUUAUGACAGUUCUGGAGGCCAUGGUAAAACUGCAACUCAAAACGUCUGGUAUGAUUAUCUGACUUGUAGAUAUAAUGGGGAAAAAUAGGUUUGACUGAUUAAUAGAAGCUCUAGUGCUUUGAUUUCAAUCAAGAAUGGUACUGCCUUGUGAAAUAGCCUCACUCAAUCAAUGGUUACUACAGAUAUAAAAAGAAAUAAGAGUAGAGGAUCCAUGCACGUACCAAGGUUUUAAUCAAUAAACUUCAAGAGUCUAAAUUAAACUAGAUUCUGUACUG